AAGCAAGUGCAUGCAUUCAGUUUUAUGAAAGGGGAAUGUGGUUGUGUUGGGUAACAGGGGUCUUCGUGUAACAUUACCCAAAUUCACGUGUAGUGUAAGUUUUGCUUUCGCUAAACACACCAGAAUUCGUUUGAUCUGCAGCUGUUUGUAAUCUGAGAACACUCAGAGCAGCAACAGCAUGGCAAAGAGAAAAAAUGCUGUGCAAAAAAAGAGCACAAAGAAACCGAAGCAGACGAAAAAGCAGGCACCCAUAACACAGAAAAUCAAAGAAAAUGGCAUCAUUGCCAAAAACUUAAAAAACUCCAAAGUCAGAUCUCCUGUAUCCAAAAAGGUUAAAAAAUCCUCUGAUGGGAAAACAAGUAAAUAUUUUCAGCCGGAUGAGCCGGAGGAAAUCAGUGAUCACAGUGAGGAAGUAAGUCUUUUUUUCACAGAGAGCUCAACUCCAGAGAAACAAAUGAAAGAAGAGGAGGCAGAAAGUGAUGAAGAGGAGGACUGGGAGGAGGUGGAAGAGAUGACAGCGAUGGACUCAACAGAACUAGAAGUACCAUCCAAACCUGUGGAGAUUGAGAUAGAGACUCCAGACAUGGCUCGCAAAAGAGAGAAAAAGGAGAAAAAGAAAGCAGAGUUUGAAACUUACCUGCGACGAAUGAUGAACCGGUUAAACAAGGAGCUGCUAGAGGAAACACACAAGGUUCACCUGCUUUGCUUAUUGGCCAGCGGACUUUAUCGGAACAGGCUCUGCUGUGAUCCAGACCUGAUGGCUAUUGCCUUGUCAAUACUUCCUAACCACUUUACCGCAGUUGAGACCAAACGUAUAAAUGUGGGCUUCCUAGAAGGGCUUCUGAAAUGGUUUCAGAUGACUUUCACGUUAAACCCUGCCGUACCUGAGGAAAAGGGGGUGGAGCUUAGCACAGUGCUGGAGAAGCGGAUAGGUUGUUUAUCAGCAAGGGACCAUGAGGAAAUGACUUAUCUGUUAUUAUUGGUGCUGAGGUCAUUGCGACUCUUUUGCCGAUUGGUGCUGUCACUACAACCGGUGUCUUUUAAGCCACCACCUGCCUCCAAGAAUAACACCAAACCUACCAAAAGCCCUCCUACCAAAAAUCAGAACCCUUCUCCAAAUCUUAAAGUAUCCUCUGGGUCCAAACGCCCAUCUGCGGAGACUACUGCAGCUAAGAAAGAGGAAAGGGGGGGAAAAAGACGAAAAAAGAAAGAAGGAGUUGAGAAAGAGACAUUGGGAGGACAAAAACCCAAAAACAGCAGAAGAAGAAGCAUUGCAUCAAAAGUGUCUUAUAAAGAGAACAGCAGUGAGGAGGAGGAAGCCGAUGAGAGCGAGGAGGAGUUUAGACCAACCAAAGAGGAUGAUAGUGGAGACUCGGAUUUUGAGGUCAUGAAAAUAUGCAGGAAGUCAAAGGAUAAAGAAAAGAGUCGGGCUUCUCUGAGUUCAAGUGAGAUCAAAGAGGAGGACAUGAGUGGAGAAGAAGAAGAGGAGGAAGAGAAAGUGGUGAAGAGACGAAGAUCUACAAGAAAGGAAGGGAAAGGUGCCGACGAGUGGUUGGAGGUUUAUUUGGAAAGUACAGGAAGGUGGGUGUGCGUCGAUGUGGAUCAAGGGGUUGGUCAGCCACUGCUGUGCACUGAUCAGGCGACACAGCCAGUAACCUAUGUGGUUGGUGUGGAUGAUGAGGGAUACCUGAAAGAUCUCAGCAGCAGGUAUGACCCCACUUGGCUGACAUCAUCAAGGCGACGACGUAUCGACUCUGAAUGGUGGGAGGAGACUGUGGAGCUCUACAAAUCUCCAGAUGCCAUUAGGGGACGGAAGGAAGACCAGGAGAUGCAGGCGAAGCUAUUGGACAAGCCGCUGCCAACAUCGAUAGCUGAAUUUAAGAACCAUCCACUGUACGCGCUAAAGAGGCAUUUACUGAAAUACGAGGCCCUCUAUCCCCCUACAGCAGCUAUAUUGGGGUAUUGUAGAGGAGAGCCGGCUUACUCACGAGAUUGUGUGCAUACGCUGCAUUCUAGAGACACCUGGCUGAAGGAAGCUAGAACUGUUCGACUAGGAGAAGAACCAUACAAGAUGGUGCUUGGUGUUUCCAACCGUUCUCGUAAAGCCAGAAUGAUGUCACAGCAAAAGGAUGCAAAAGAUCUGCCUCUUUUCGGACUCUGGCAAACAGAAGAGUACCAGCCUCCAGUUGCCGUCGAUGGCAAAGUACCACGUAAUGAAUUUGGAAAUGUGCACCUGUUUGUGCAAAGCAUGUUACCGGUGGGAUGUGUUCACCUGCGCUUGCCAAAUCUGCACAAAGUGGCUCGAAAACUAAACAUCGACUGUGCUGCGGCAGUAACUGGCUUUGAUUCCCAUUGUGGAUUCUCACAUGCUGUUACUGAUGGCUAUGUAGUCUGCGAAGAACACCAGGAAAUUUUAAAAGCAGCCUGGGAAAAUGAGCAAGAUAUUCAGCAAAAGAAAGAAGAAGAGAAAUGUGAGAAACGAGCAGUUGCUAACUGGUGUCUGCUAGUCAAAGGCCUGUUGAUAAAGGAGAGACUGAAGCGUCGCUAUGGGCAGCAGGGGCUUACAUCAGGGGCGGUGCUUGAGCAAGCAAAAGAAGACCGUGCUGAAGGGCUGUCAUCAGAGGAGGAGGAAGAAAGCGGGUCUCAGACAGCACCACCUUCUCUGGCAAUUUCCUGGCCAAUGAACAGGCAAGAGGAGCAGGAAAAGAAGAUUGAAAAGCGUGUGACUAGACGAGAGAAACGUGGAGAACAAAAACAUCUCUUUCCUUUUGAAAAAGUGUGACUGAAUCUGUAAUCUCUUUAUGUACUUUUAAUUUGUUUUGUAUGGAAUAUAUCCAAAUGCCUGUAAACACCCUUGUAUCAAUACACAGUUGCUGACCCUUUUAUAAAUAAUCUGCAUGUACAGGGAAAUUGUAAAGAUCUAGACAUAUCUUCAAACAUUUGUUUAAUGUCACGUUUUCAGAAGCUCUUCUGUAAAUUUGUUUAUGUAUACAAAAUAUUUUUUAUAGAACAUAAACAUGAAAAUAAACAAUUAGUAUUUUGCA